UUCCUGGAAGUCAACAAAUAUGAGUUGCACGGUGUAGGUGGUGACCACACAGGAUGUGCAUUUAAUACGUGAAACGCCAUUUUGGAGGUACAUUUAGUUGGUUUGCGGUUUACCAUUCGGUUUCGUUUGACGUUGAUGUGGAGUCCUCUCUGAAGAAGUUCAAACUAGAAACGUUACAUCUGCACUCUCCAGGAGUAACCUGUUUUGUCGUCGAACAAAGUGAGGUAGGGGACGGUGUGUUAGUCAUUGGAGCUCCGACAUGACCGACGUGACACACAGGACAGCCGACACGGCUCAUCAGUACAUGUAGCCUCUCCAACUGCUGUGAUUGACCAUGGAGGAAAGUGAGAAUCUUGAGUGGCUUAGGGAGCUUCUAGAGGAAACACAGCUCCUGCAGUUUUUCAGCAGCAUCCACGAUGACCUGCAUCUGUCGCGCCUGGAACACUUUGACUACGUCAAGAGCGAGGACCUGGAAAAGAUAGGCAUGGGCCGACCGGCCGUGAGGCGCCUGCUGGAUGCGGUGAAACGACGACGACGGCGGACUUUCCUCGGAAGGGUGCUGAAUCGCAAGGGAGAGAGCGGCGCAGGCGCUGCCAAAGCCAAAGUGACCUCGGGCCAGCCGUUGUCCGAGUCGCAGGCAUCCAGCAGCAGCCUCAAGCACGGCCUGACAUGCCUGAUCGGGGAAUCGGAACUGACCCUACACGAGAAACUGGGGGACGGCUCGUUUGGAGUAGUUCGACGGGGACUGUGGACUACCCCGGGCCACAGACAGGUUGACGUCGCCGUGAAGUGCUUAAGAAAUGAUGCUGUGCGUCAGGCGGGAUUCUUUGAGGACUUUGUCCAAGAGAUCAACUCGAUGCAUUUGCUGGACCAUGCCAAUCUCAUUCGCCUGUACGGCGUCGUUAUUGCCUCUCCUUUCAUGAUGGUGACUGAGCUAGCUCCCCUGGGUGCCUUGGUUGACCGGCUUCGGAGUAAGCCCGACGAAUUCUUGAUAGCCACGCUGUGCGACUACACCGUGCAGAUCGCCAGCGGCAUGGAAUACCUGGAGUCCAAGCACUUCCUGCACCGGGACUUGGCAGCCAGGAACAUCUUGCUUUGUAACACAGACAAGAUUAAAAUUGGGGACUUUGGACUCAUGAGGGCGCUACCAGUAACGGAGACGUACUACGUCAUGACCGAGCACAAGAAAGUUCCAUAUGCAUGGUGUGCUCCGGAGAGCUUAAAAACCAGGCAAUUCUCACAUGCCAGUGAUGUAUGGAUGUUUGGGGUGACACUAUGGGAGAUAUUCACCUUUGGAGAGGAGCCCUGGUUGGGGUACAACGGAGCACAAAUUCUUCAUAAGAUCGAUAAAGAAGGUGAGCGUCUGCCCAAGCCCGAACGCUCCCCGACAUCAGUCUACGAACUCAUGCAGCAGUGCUGGCAUCAGUCUCCCGGUGAGCGACCAAACUUCUCAGCGCUCAAGGAAAGACUCAUUCAGAUUCGUCCAACUGACAUGAAAGCGCAGCAGAACGUCAACACAGAUCAACUGGACAAGAUGGUAAUGGAGGUUGGCGACACCAUCGCCGUCAUGGAUGGAAGACCGGACAGUACUUGGUGGCGGGGCCAAAACCGACGAACCAAGCAGGUCGGGUACUUCCAACGACGGUAUGUGUCGCCGCCUUCCGGGUCUCUGAGACAAGAAGACAUCAGUCUGCCGUUGAGGGACAGCUUAAUCCACACCGGCCACUCCGGUCCGGACGGCGAAUCCUGGGGUCAUCCGGAUGUCAUUGACGAGGUGUAUCGUAUUCCCAUGGAGCCGUUUGAUGAUCACUUUGGUGAAUGUGGAGAUUUCGGCGAUUCAAGACCAGCCCUUCUGCUGUCGGACAGGUCCAAAAGCAGCAGCAGCAGCAAGGAAAAGGACUUGGCAGCCAAGCGUGACAGGGCGACCAGGUCCUCGGGGCGGGCCAGCAAGCAGCUCAGUCAAGCCAAGCGUAGCCGGAAUCAGGGAGAAGAGAUCAGGGCCGGCUCGUCCGUGUUCUAUGUCAGAGCUUCGCCGGAGGCGGAUGGCGCCGACUCCAGACAGGAGAAAGACACCGAGCUGCUGAUCGAUUUCUCCGAGACUCUCGACGGAAGCGCAGACGGUGGUCAGGACCUUCCUGAGAGUCACUCGCAGUCGUUGGCUCUGUUGGAUAUGUCAUUACCAGAUAACGAGCUUCAUCAAAUACCCACACCCUUGCGUCCUGAACCCAGCCACGAUCUCAUAUCAAGUGAUCCUUUUAGUUUAACGAUUGGUGCAACAUUAACGCAAGGUGGGCAAAAAUCGGAACAUGAAAACUUCAGUGCAAUGUCCAACAAUAUCGCAGGAAAUCCUGUGAAGCAGCAUUAUGCCUCAACACAAGAUUCGGUUUCAAAGUUUCGGGACGACUAUCAGCUGAGCAUGCCUGCUGCCCGAAAGACCAAUCCAUUUGAUAGCUACAGGUCACACGUGUCUGAUGCACAAACUUUCGGUUCGCAGAGCAGCAGCCCUUCUGUCCAGCAUCGGUACGAUGCUGUUGCCGAUGAUCCCGGGCCCGAAUUUCCACAAAAUGUUACAGCCAAGAGCCGUUCGGGUCCAUGUAGCAGGCCCCUCAGUGAUUCCGGCAUGGUUCACGUCUUCAAGCCCCAGCAAAAAUACGUAGAUACCAAGGGAACUGGUGCCAGGUCGUCCCUGGUGAAGGGUAGACAUCUGUACGACGAUGUGCCGGAAGAAACUGGUCACCCACCCGUGGCGAACACGCCCAAAAACUGGGUCCAUUUCUAUGACGAAGUCCCCACCGAAAAUGACGAUUGCAAUGGCAAGACCAAGGAAGUGCCGCAGAUGGUCGAUCCAGUGCCGAGAUCCCAUCAGAAGCCUGUUCAGCAAGUUCGCCGUUACUCCCCCUUCUCCCAGGACACCCCAGUCGCCAGGAAGGCGGCCUCGCUAAUCUCCGCCACUGUCACUCUUGAAAAAGUAGGAGCAAAAUCCGCCAGUUGUCACAAUGAUAGGGGUUUCCAAGAUAUCAGUCAAUUUCGGAGCGAUUUUGGUAGCUCUAAGUCAGGUGACGAUAACAAUAAGCCUGGCUGUGCAAGAUCUGAUGGUACUGAGAUCUCAAAGUCGUUUCUUGCAACCGACGGUGACGCACAUCAAAGUAGCUCGGACAGGGCUCCACUUAUUGGUAAAGAUCACAGUUGUAUUCAAGACGACUUGAAGCCAGGCAAAUUGGUCAGUAAGUUUCUGAAACCCGAUGAUAAUAUGAUGUUGAUGAACUUUCCCACCAAGGGGAAGAAAGACGAGGGCGACACAGAGAAUGAAAGUGAACAGAGACCGGAGUUACCGCCACGCAUGCCUGUCGCGGGGCAGCAGCCGGCGGGCAGAAGGCACAGCCGGAAACUGGACCGAUCCGAGAGAAAAUCGGAUCCCUUGCAUUUGAACACAAGGUCCCGGCACGAGUGGACGCAGCAGAGGAACGAGGAGGAAUCCCUGAGCUGCCCGAUCUUCAACAGUGACUCCAAUCUGCCUGAGGAUCAAAAGCCGCCCCUUCCCCCUCGAAAGCCGGUGCCCGAAUCAUCCGAUCACCUCCGUCACUUUGUCAGGCCGGUUGAGGAAAGCAAGUCCAAGAUUUAUCCCAUCAUGAGGGACGGAGUCAAGCUGAGCAACACUCACUACUUUCUCCUUCCCCCGAAGCCUUUGUCCGUUGUGCACACAGUCGACAGAAGCAGCCCCCCGAGUCCAGAAGUUGAUUUGGGUGAGCCGCCCGUGUCACCUUCCUUUGGCGUAAAGUCACCCACGACAGCCCACAUCCGCCCUAUCAUGCGCGACGGAAAGCAAGCGAGUGAUACCCACUAUCUGGUCACACCAGGGCGUAGCACAGUCUUCACAGAUUCGCUCAAUGCCCACAGCACCUCUGUUGGCGACCAAGGACACAAAACGGUUCACUCUUUCUCAUCCAGAGGAGCUCAGAGCUCUGCCGACGGCAAAGCUUCUUUGCCACGGAAUGCGCUUGACCUGUCCACGCUCAGCCCCAUUUUACCCCAACCCAACACCAAGACCAUCCAGUACACCCGCAGCAACAGCUUUGGCCCCUCGUCCUCGGCUCUCACCACCGAGGACUCGGAUUUGAUGGCCUCGGAGACAAAGUCCUCGGCUAUCCAGAAGAUGCGGCAGGUCCAGGCCCAGGUGCACGGCGUGACUAUGGAGGAGUGCCGCAACGUGCUCAUCGGCAACGCGUGGCACGUCGACAACGCCGUCCACGAACUGAAGAUCGAGCAGCUCUUCCAGCUGGGGAAUGUGACCCGCGAGCGUUGCGAGUCGCUGCUCCGUUCCUUGGACUGGAAUUUGCAGCUAGCUAGUUCAGUCAUACUUGAUCAGUCAUGAGUGCUCAGUUCGAAAUGCCAAGUCAUUUAAGUGUUGCUUGCUCUCAGACAUCGUCUAUUUCUAAAAUAACUUUAAUAAAGAAGUUGCUAAUGCAAUUGCAUCGAAUGAAGGAGUUUUAACAUCUAUUCAAGUGACCUACUUAAACUUUAUACGUAGCUGGUCAAACAUAUUUGUCAGCGGUAUAGUGAUAGCUCAUGUGAAGUCAUCUAUUUCUGGAGCAAAGCUUGUCAGUAGAGUUGCCAAGGCAAACACUGUGUUCACCGGUCAGUGUUUUUCAAAUUUUACACUCGUAAAGAUCAGUACCACCAUUCCAACUUCCCAAUCGAAUCCAAUAUUACCAGCCGAGACAAUAUCCAACUUCUUUGUUGUUCUUGCAGUUUAUUAUCAUCUACAACUUGACUGACAUGAAAGCACAUGUACGUGCAAGUCUGCUCCUAUUUCAUCGUGAAUGUAACUCGCCAACUUUUGUGCUCAAAUUCUAUGCAACAGUAUCAGGCAGCACUGUAGUUCUCCAUCUGCCAGUUAAAAUAUCUAGGAUGGAACACCCCUGAUGUGAUGUGAUCUGUGUUGUUGCCGUCAAAUUAACCAACACCAGAACCUUGAGGCUAUCGUGUACAUAAAUGAACUCAGUAUGGGCCCGUUUGUUUCUCACGGAUCUGGAUCGUGAUCGGUGAACCCAGGGCUGGUUUGUGCCAUCUAGUAGGCGGGUUCUGGUGUCAGUGAACCAGCGACAGAUCACUGAUCGCGAUCGGGAUCCGCGUGAAACAAACGGAGCCUAAAUUUACAUUUUACUUAUAGAUUAAGACCACAUGCAUGCCAUUGCCCACCGUGAACAAUACCAUUGCAUGAAGAAAGUAAAAUUAUGAAAUAGAAAAAUAUUUUGAACAGUAACUCAUUGAGUAUGCAUAAGAUGCGAUCAAUUUAUAUAACGAGUUUUGCCCUUACCCAACGUAUAUAUUGAUAAACACUGUAUGCUCAGUGCUUGUCCGAGAGCUUGCAAAAAAAUU